AUGGAUCCAAAAGCUGUACGGCCGGAUCGAGAUCUGACAGGGAAGCAAAAAGUGCCUAGGAUAAGGAAAAAGCCAAUCGAUGAAGAACUAUUAAGUCAUGUGCUUCGACUUCACGGAGAUGACUGGUCAAGAAAGCUGAACAAUGAUACGCGGAUAUUGUUAUUACAGUUGAUGAACAUCGAGGCAAAGUACGAUGGAAUUAAACGUGGAAAUAUUAAGGUUGUAAAAGGCGAUAAUAACAUGAGCAACGCCUCCUCACAACAAACGAAAGAUCCAAGGGCGAUUUCUCUCAAGGAAAUGUUCGAGCAGAAGCCGUCCAUGGACGGAAGGCGCACAGAGGUACACUUUGUCUCUCCUUGGUUCAGUUACUUCCACGAUUAG